UGCUGACCUUGCUAGGGUCACUAAAACCCCAGAGCGAUGGGCAGCUUGUCCCCAGUGACUUUCCCCUGCAAAUUCUCUGCUCCUCGGAGAGUGUCCCCUUGCGUCACUAUCCGUAUCUGAUGCUUACUGGCAGGGGACAUCCGGCCCUGGGGGAAGCUGUCUCAAUCCCACAGUGUGUGAGUGACGGAGGGCUCUCUCUGGGGCUUUCUUAAAAGAGGGAUUUCUCCUGUGCUGGGGGCUAGCUGCAGGAGCAUGGUGCUAGCUGGCCGGAUGCCCCUGGAGCAGGGAGGGCCAGCUUUCCCUCCAUCCCCUGGUGUCAGAGGGCACGUUCCUUCUCCGUGGAUUGUUUCCCCCCCAAGUUUGCUUGUUUUUCUGUUGUGUGUGAGUUGCUCCCCCUGCAGCUCGCAGCACGACUAUUAGACACAGAAUCCCACACACUCAGCGCAGCGGUGCCCUCCCACUGCACCGUACUGCUGCUGGGAGCCAGCCCUUCGGACGCUCUGCCUGGGUUAGCAGCAGGCAUGGGACUCAGUCAGCGCUGACAGCUGCCACCCGGGUCUUGCUCACCGUGCUAGCUUGGGAAGUGCCCUGCUCUCUGGGAACAUCGGACGGAGUUCCUUGCCAGGCUCCUCUAGGAAGCGUUAUGUACACGUACUCACACACAAUAGUAUGUGAUCAUGUCAUCAAAGACCGUAGGGAACCUUUAGAUCCACCACGCAGAUGUCUGCUGCUUGAGCUAACGGAGUGACUGAUAGCAGUAAGCCCUGCUGUGCUGACCUCCGUGCUCCACCCUCCUGCCCCGUGAUUCCAGGCAGCUGAGAGGCAUGAGACAGCCAUGGCGUUCCAGGCAGCCGGAUGUGGGACACUGCAGCCCCGGAGCGUGCGACCCCUGGAUCCUCUGCUGCAUGGCUGGGGACCGGAGCCUGCUGCACAGAAAGGGUUCCUCGGCAACUUCUCUCUUCCCACUCCCCUGCAGGGGACAUUCAGGGCAGCUGGGAAUCCCCACCUCCAGGAGAGAGACAGAGCACAUCCAGCAGGAGCAGGGGGCAGCGGCUGCUUUCCUCACCGUCUCUCCUCUCCACCCCCCCGUGCCAUGGCAGGGGGCUGUCUGAACCCUGAGGGGCCCCAGGGCCUCAGCUUGAAAGACUUUGUCCCAUCCCACCACCAGAAGAGGGAAUUCCUUCCUGCUGCCAGGAGCCCGGCAGCCCCCAUAGCCACAUCCCCUCAGCCGUCCCCGUGGGUCCCGCUGCGACACAGAGGACCCAGGGUGCCCGUGAUCCGUAACUGCGGCUCCAACACCCUGAACUUUGAGUUCCAUGACACGUCUCCCCGCACAGCGUGCAAUGGCACCGUCGAGCCUAGGAGAGCAGCCCCCAGGAGCUCAGCGAGCGACUGGUACCAGACCUGGCCUGCCAAAGAAACGAAGCCGCUGAGUUCCCAGGCAGUGCCUGUUCCCCUCCCAGCUGAGUCGGCAAUGAGCCCCCUGGAGAACGGCCCGCCGCCUGUGCCCCGCGCAGCCCCCUGGUCUGCCACCUGGACCAAGGAUAGCAAGAGGAAGGACAAGCGAUGGGUGAAGUACGACGGGAUCGGCCCGGUGGAUGAGACGGGGAUGCCGAUCGCAUCGCGAUCCAGUGUGGACAGGCCCCGGGACUGGUACCGGAGCAUGUUCCAGCAGAUCCACCGCAAGCUCCCAGAACCGCAGCUGGACUGGGAUUUCCACCACUGCACGGAACCACGCCCUCCGGCACUUGCACAAAAGGGCCCCACGCCAAGUGGCUCCUCUUACCUGCAGAAUGGCCUGGACUGGAGGGGCCAGGAGGCUGCCGACGAUGCCGCGAUGGAGCCCAGGAGCAUUUUCGACUAUGAACCCGGGAAAUCGUCCGUCCUUGACCAUCCCAAUCCAGCUGCAGAGCCCCAGGCGGGACGUGCUGACAGCUGGUACCAAUUUCUGAAGGAGCUGGAGACGGGGAGCCUGCCUAAGAAGCCCCUGGCUCCGUUUCCUGCAGAGCCUCCCCCGCCGUCCCAGCCGAUCGAGGUGUUACUGGAGAGAGAGCUGCAGCAGCUUAGCGAGGAGUUGGACAAGGACAUGAAAGCCCUGGAGACACAUCGGCACCCCUGCAAGACUUCCUCGGCGGCUCCCUGCGCUUGCUCCCCUUGCCCAGCCUCUGUCGCCCGCAGCCCGCUGUGUGCCUGCCGUUCCCAUCCUGCCUUGGGGCAGAGCCCCCCCGCUGCCCGACACCGCCCGCCUGCCAGCCCCAGCAUGGAGAGAGGGGGCCUGGGCCUGGCCCCGAGCGAUUGGAGCCAGUCUCCCCCCAGGAAAGAUCCCCCAGGCCACCCUGGGAAAAGCCCCUUGGCUGAUGAAAGUGAGCCCAUAGAGGCGGUGGAUGGACCAGUGAGGAGAGAGGACAAGAAGAUGAAAGCUGCUCGCGUCAAGUUUGACUUCCAGGCUGAGUCCCCAAAGGAGCUGACCAUGCAGAAGGGAGACAUCGUCUAUAUCCACAAGGAGGUGGACAGGAACUGGCUGGAAGGAGAGCACUAUGGGAGGGUGGGCAUAUUCCCCUCCAACUACGUGGAGAUCCUGCCUCCCACCGAAGUGCCCAAGCCCAUCAAGCCACCCACCAUCCAGGUGCUGGAGUACGGAGACGCCCUGGCUCAGUACAACUUCAAAGGGGACCUGGCGGUGGAGCUGUCCUUCCGCAAGGGCGAGCGCAUCUGUCUGGUCCGCAAGGUGGAUGAGAACUGGUAUGAGGGACGGAUCUCUGGCACCAGCCGCCAGGGCAUCUUCCCGGCCAACUACGUGCAAGUGGUGAAGGAGCCACGGGUCAAGGCCUCAGAGGAGUUCCCUUCCUCCCCAAACUUGACUGCCCCUGCCUCCCCAAGGCUGCUGGCACACGCAGGCUCACCGGCCCAGCUGCACUCGCCCGGUAGCCAGCGUUCUGACCCCUCGUCCUCCUUCCUGGCGGGCUCUCCCACUGCCCAACGGCGCGGCACAGAGGGGGGCGCCCUGUCGUCCUCGCCGCGCCAUUUCGGCUUCACCUUCCCCGCCUCCCCCAAGUUGCAGCACGCCGGAGUCUCAUCCAGCAUCCUGCAGGGGCCCCAGAGUCCCCAGCUGGCCCCCAGCACCACCUUGCUCUCCCCGCUGAGUCUGAGCCCGAGCCCGCAGCCUCCGGCCCCCUCCCGGCCACAGGAGACUCCACCCGCUGCUGCGCCCUCCUCACUCCCUGGGCAGAGCUCCACCCUUGAAGCCCCAGUACCUGCCGGCUGCCAUCUGGGUGGUGCUGGGCACCUCCCCAAGGCCCCCCCAUCUGACAACGGCUCCAGCAUACAGUGGACCCCGUUCCGGGCCAUUUAUCAGUACAGACCCCAGAACGAGGACGAGCUGGAGCUGCAUGAAGGGGACUGGGUGGACGUCAUGCAGCAGUGUGACGACGGCUGGUUUGUGGGUGUGUCCAGGAGAACCCAGAAAUUCGGCACCUUCCCUGGCAAUUACGUUGCCCCUGUGUAACAUCCCCCUGCCCCACACCCCAGCACGAGCCAAGAGGAAGCUGCAUCUGCGACUCAGGCUCCUGCAGCCUACCCAGAGCCGGCGUCGCGCCCUGAGACAAGGAGAGGAACGAGGAGAUGGGGAUUUGGACCAGACCAGCCCCCGCCCCCACGGACAUUCCCAGCAGGACCCUUUUGGUGGCUGUUGCUGGGGAGCUCGGCACUGGGACGGGCCUCUGCCUCUCCUAGUAACAGACCCCCCCUUCCCUGUCCCAGUCACUCAGCUCAGCUUCCAGCACUGCCUCUGGGGCUCCCUCUAACGGGGACCAGUCCCUGUCCUUUCCCUCCCCCAUGGGGCUCCCUCUAACGGGGACCAGUCCCUGUCCUUUCCCUCCCCCAUGGGGCUCCCUCUAGCGGGGACCAGUCCCUGUCCUUUCCCUCCCCCAUGGGGUUCCCUCUAAUGGGGACCAGUUCCUGUCCUUCCCCCCCGCCCGUGGGGCUCCCUCUAGCGGGGACCAGUCCCCCAGCCUUACCCCCCCCCCGUGGGGCUCCCUCUAGCAGGGACCAGUCCCCUAGCCUUACCUCCUCCGUGGGGCUCCCUCUAAUGGGGACCAAUCCCCCAGCCUUAUCCCCCAUAGGGCUCCCUCUAACAUGGACCAAUCCCCCAGCCUUACCCCUCGUGGGGCUCCCUCUAGCGGGGACCAGUCCCCCAGCCUUACUUCCGUGGGGCUCCUUCUAAUGGGGACCAGUCACUGUCCCGCCCGUGGGGCUCCCUCUAACAGGGACCAAUCCCCCAGCCUUACCCCCCAUGGGGCUCCCUCUAACAAGGACCAGUCCUUGCCCUCCCCAGGGGCUCCCUCUAAUGGGGACCAGCCACUUCCCCCAACUUCCCAUGGGGCUCCCUCUAACAGGACCAGUCCCCCAGCCUUACCUCCAGGGGGCUCCCUCUAAUGGGGACCAGUCCCCAUCGCUGCCCCCAGGGCUCUCCCUGGCAGGGAGUCUCGCUCUGUGCCCGCUCGAUAAAUAUCUACCAGUCUGUGCCUUGCUGCAGAAGGUGUCUGCAUCCCGGGGGAAGGGGCUGUUAGUCCUUUUCCUCCAGCUGAACCCCAAAGCGGGACGCUGCUUUCUCCCUGGGGGGCACAGAGCACUAGAUCUGCUCCACCAUGACCUCUGAAGGGAAGCAGGCACUGAGCCUGCCCUCUGCACCUCCAUGGACCCAGCGUGCUGUGUUGAACCCUGUGCCUGCAUGCGGCCGCGUUGGGGGGCGGGGGGACGGGGACGCGGGGAGGGCAGACUCCUCCAAGCUGCCUGUAAAGAGCCGGCUCGUGCCGGGAAACCUGAUCUGCUUGUCCUCUGUUAUUAAAGAUCAGCCUCACCCCA